UUAUUCUUUCAAUGUAUGCUCACUCUUUACCUAUACGGCUUAAUAUUUAAAAAGUUGAAUUUAGUGCAUCCUUUAAAAAGCAUGCACUAUCAUUUCAAAUAUCAUUGACUUUUUAGUAAUAAUUAUUACCUCCCACUUGCUAAGUCUAGUCAGAACCUUAAUUAGAGUUGACCAUUUCCACAGUAACUACUUGCUUGAAAAAUGUGAAACCAAAUUCAAUGUAUAUCAGUAUUGUUACAUGCAAACUAUUGUAUGUGAGGUGUAUGUACUUACUAAAUUUUUAUCGGUGAGAAAAUUAACAAUAUGCCAGGAUUUGUGUCGUGUAGUGCUUGUUCCUUUCUCAUGAUCUUUAAAUUCUGUGAUAUGUCUUAUUUUAAGGAGAAUAACAAAUAGAAUUUAGAGCAUUGCAUUUGAAAUUCUUCUUGCAUGAGCACUUGCCUUUCUAUUUUCUUCCUACUCCCUCUCCUGUGUUUCAGAAAAACUUAUUUUGCUAGACAUUUAUAUAUUUCUGUAUUUAUUACAACUUAUGUGACAAGUUACUUGACUCCUUUCCAUGUUAUAUUCUUUAAAUUUGUUCAUUGAAAUCCCACUUUAUUUUCACACUUUUGUGUGUGUUAUUCUAUAUAGCAAUGCUUUAGAAACUUCUGAAAUCACUGGGUGGAUGCUAAAGCCAGCCCAGUAAAUUCAUUGAGAGAAAGAUUUACUUAUAUCUAUAUUCUACACUGCAUAAUGUACAGCAUUUUUCAAAGAAAGGAAUUUAGUAUGUUGAACUUUGAACUGUGGCGACUAGGAAGUAAAAUAGAAGGUUGGAAUGGAUGAAGUGUAAACUUGUGUAAUACACAGUCCAGUUGUAAGAGUGGGAAAUGGGGCAAUUGGGUGAUUUAUUGUAGCAGAUUUUUCUUCUCUUGAAUUAGUCUUCUCCCUUUCUUCUCCUUUUUUUCUUCCGUUCUUUCUUUCUUGCCUGUCUUCCACGUAAUUCCUUCUUAGCCAACUUUUAAAGCUAGCAUUAAAUGUGCUGCUCUUAAUUCUCUCGGAGUCCCCAAAUUUAUAAUAAUCUUUUCUUUCUCUGAAGUCAUAUUAUACUUGCAGGGGAGUACUACCCAAUGGAGAGCUCACUGCUCUUUAACAAUCAAGCCUCUGUUGUUUUAGUUAAUCUGACUUUCUUAGCCAAGACUUUAACUACCUAACCUCUGUCACUCUAUGUAAUAUCAAUUUUUUUUCUACAUCAUACUUAUACUAUGUUGAAAAUCUGAUUCAUUAUUUAUUAUCUGUCUCCAUACUCUAAAAUGUUUCAUGACAGCAGGGACUUUGCCUGACUUGUUAGCUACUGUUUUUCCUGGUGCCUAGAAUACAGUGGAACUCAGUGAACACUUACUGAAUGGCUUGCUGGAUCCUGUGUACUUAAGAAAGUCUAUGAAAUAUAUUAGACACAUAGGACUGAAUGAUGCUGAUCCUUGAAAAGUAUGUUAAUGGAAGUUGUGGGCAUCCUCGGUGACAGAACCCUAAUAAUGGUAGUAUGACCUAAGAAUAAAUGCAGGAUAUGUUUGUGGUAGGUGGUUUGGUGAUGAGCAGUACUGGCAGACCAGGAGAAGAAUUCCAAGUCUUAGUUGGCCAACACUUAAUGCUUGUGUUUCAAUGCAUGUAAACACAGAUUUGGUUAUUGUAUCUGCCUCUCAAACUGGAGGAUGACAGUGAUUCUAGUAGAAAUUCAUGAGAAUUUGGCCUCAGUGUUGGUAAAGGAAAACAAAAUAGAUUUCUCAAAACAUCAAGUAAUUGGGCUUAUAUUAAUAUUUUAUAAUGAAUUUUAUGAAAUGUUUAUUUUGUUGAGUAUCCCACAUAUUUUUCCAAAGCUCUUGACAAAUACAGAAGUUGAAAUUUAACAGUUUGCCCAAGGACAGCUAACUACAUUUGUGUUUUCUUUUUGAUGAUGAUGAUGAUGAUGAUGAUCAUGAAGAAUUAGAAUUCUGUCAUAUGCUAGUCUACAUUUACUCCCUACCUGGCAGUAGUGCUGUUUCUUUUUUCCUUGGUCUUUCAUUAUUUUCAAUAUUUUUCAUUAUUUUCUCAAUUGCAUCAGUUUCCUUAUUUCAUCCUCUACUGAUGAAAGUUCUGGCCAGAAGAACCAUAUAUUUUUGAAAUUCUGGGCCAAAAUAAAUUGUAGACAUAAAAAUCCCAUUUUUAGCUUCUUUCUCUUGGCCUGCCUGAAUACUGUUUUUUAUUUGUUUUACAUUUUGCUAAUGGCUAGUCAAAGUUAAUAAAAGGACUUCUGCAAAUUUAGCUAUGUUCCAUUUCUUUAAAUGUCCCUAUUUAAAGGAGCCAUGGGCAAUUAUGAGUGAUGCUCUCUCUAAAAGAAUCAUUUUUUCUGGAUGUGGUAUAGUCAUAUUAUAUCUGACUGCAUUAGCAGUUUGCCACACAAGAAAGAAAAUUUCAUUGUUUAUUUAGAAAAUGUUUUCUAAUAUCAGUGACUGUCACAUUCACAUUAAAUUCAUCUUCUUAAUUUCAGUGGGUUUUGAACUAUAUUGUCAUGAGUGAGAGAAGAACAUUUCUAUAUGUGUGUGCCUAUGUAUGUAAUAAUAAUUUUUAAUAAUCUAAUGCAUAAAGGAAAUUAUAUACCAGUUUUCUAAGAGAAGUUAGAACACUAAUUUGAUUACAUAAUGGAAGAAGUUUUCAGUUUAACUCUUAAAAUUGUAUUUUGUUUGCUUUUAGAACCUUAAAGUUUAAAAUAAAUGAGGGAUAAUAAUAACAAGUAUUUUUGUGUGCUACUAAAUGCCCACUUUUCUGAGAACUUUGCAUGUGUUAACUCAUUGAGUCCUCUCAGUAGCCCUGUCAGUUGGUGAUAUUAUUAUUCCCAUUUUACAGAUGAGGAAACUGAAGCACAGAGACAUGAAGGCACUUGCCCACAGGCACACUACCACCAAGUAUAGGAGCUAGAAAUUGAUCCCAAGUUGUCCAAUUUAACUGUUGUGCUUAAUGCUUGUACUGUUGAUUUCAGUAUCAUUGCAAUUACUCAGCUGCCAACUACUGAACUAUAAUUUUAAAUCAUAUUGUAUGAUCUGCAUAUUAUAUAUUAUUAUGGUAAGUUGGAAGAAAAAAUUUUUAAAUAUGUUAAAGAGAAAUAUUAAAUACAUAAAUCUUUUCUAAUGAUUUCCCAAAGUUAAUUGGCAAUUGAAUUUAAGAUUUUGUUGCUAUGCAGUAUAGACUGACUUUAAGAAUGGUAAACUAUUAGAAGUAAUUUUAGAAUUUUGGAAAUGUAAUAAUGGUGGCUAUUAGACUAAAGCAUUGGAUUUACAGAGUUCUCACCCCCCAAAGCAUUACUUUGUAAAUUUCAGAAUACCUUAACUAUAGUAUACAGAUUUGUUAUCAGUGCAAAAGAACAAUAUGAGACAGUUUCGAAGUUACACGAAAACAUGGAAAAGUUAUACCAGAGUAUAAUGGGAUACUAUGCCAUUGAUGUGAAGAAGGUGUCCGUGGAAGACUUUCUUACUGACCUGAAUAACUUCAGAACCACAUUCAUGCAAGCAAUAAAGGAGAACAUCAAAAAAAGAGAAGCAGAGGAAAAAGAAAAACGUGCCAGAAUAGCUAAAGAAUUAGCAGAGAGAGAAAGACUUGAACGCCAACAAAAGAAAAAGCGUUUAUUAGAAGUGAAGACUGAGGGUGAUGAGACAGGAGUGAUGGAUAAUCUGCUGGAGGCCUUGCAGUCCGGGGCUGCCUUCCGCGACAGAAGAAAAAGGACACCGAUGCCGAAAGAUGUUCGGCAGAGUCUCAGUCCAAUGUCUCAGAGGCCUGUUCUGAAAGUUUGUAACCAUGAAAAUCAGAAAGUGCAGUUGACAGAAGGGUCACGUUCACACUACAAUAUCAAUUGCAACUCAACAAGGACUCCAGUCGCCAAGGAGCUUAAUUAUAAUCUAGACACUCAUACGUCUACCGGGAGGAUCAAGGCAGUUGAGAAGAAGGAAGCCUGUAAUGUAGAAAGCAACAGAAAAAAGGAAACAGAACUUCUUGGCUCUUUUUCUAAAAAUGAAUCAGUUCCCGAAGUUGAAGCCCUGCUGGCAAGAUUACGAGCUUUAUAAGUUAAACUGGUUUAAAAAAAAAUGAUUAAGCCAAAUAUAAAGCCAUGCUCUAAACUAUAACACUUGAAAAAAUUGCUUUUAUGUAAGUGACUUUAUAUAGUUUUAAAUUAUGACAUAUAUUAGAAAAAUAAAGCUAAAUAUAUGAUUGCAAUGCUUUUUCUGUGUACUGGAGGUUUUGGUUUAUUCAAGAUUGUAAUGGGCUUUAAUGCUUUUUUUUUUUUUUUGUCUCCUGGUAUUCCUCUGUUCUAUAUUUGGUGGUUAAAUUAUACAUAUUGCUUUAGAGAGCAGGUAGGUGGCCAUGUGUUCAGCAGUGUGUCCUUAAGAAAAUACCAUCUUUCUAAGCCACUGGAAUUUUUACUUUACUAUUUUUAAUCCAUUAACGGAUGUCAAGUCAUCAACCUCAAGUCUUUACAUAUCCAUGUAUAUUCCAUAUAUAUUGUUUAUAUAGGCCCAGGUUUCUCCCUAAUUGGGAUCUAUAUACUACCAGCACAAGAUCAAAAACAUGUAAUUGAAUACAUUAGGGCUAUAUAUGUAAGGAAAUGACUGGUGACCUCAUUAUCAUCAUUGUUGAAUUUGUGUUAAGUAGACCCUCUAGGGGACCAUAAAGCAAUACAGCACAUAACGAAAAAAGAUGCAGUAAGAACGUAUGCACUCUCUUUGCCAAAUGCAUGUGCUUUUGUGUAACGUGGAUAUAAACAGUAUUGCAGUGCUGCCGAAACUCUUGGUCUUAGCUAAGAGAGUAUUUUUCCCUUGUAAUUAUGACUCUGAGAUAAAAUUGCCAUUUUGAAAUUUCCAAAGUAACAACAUUUUUUUAUUUUAUGAAUAAACUUGGAAUUGCAAUUUCUCUGAUCUGACAAUCAAUAACUUUAACAAAGAUCUAAAUAAGUGUGUCAAGGAAAGUUAUCCUAUGCAAAUGUAGUAUUACCUCAUUUGGGCAUCAUUGCUCUGUUAAUUCUAUAUCAAAGAAAAUAAACUUGCUACUUGCACUAAAUGAAAAAAAA